AUGGCACCAUUCCCAACAGACGCAGAGAACUCUCCAUCUGAGGAAGACUCUUUCCACAUUUGCUAUCUAUCCGAUCCAAAGACAAUGAGAGACUCCGGCUCAAGAACCCAGUACAUAGAAUUGGAAAGGUAUACACAUGCAACAAAGUUUCAUCACGACCCUGAGGUGCCGAUAAUCAAGGAUAACUGGAGUGGUAUUAAUUUUGAUAGUAUGGUCAAUCAAAUUGAUUGCUCGAAUCCCUAUGUCUCGGAGACUUUUUUUGACCUUAUUCAAUACCGCGGAGACCGCAAAGUCAUCACUCACUAUUUGAUAAAAAUUGAUGCUUUGCGUCGCCAGACUAGCCAUGAGUCAACUACAGAAGAAACCACUGUUAGAUUAAUGGAUCGUGAAUCUUUGAGCGCUCUGGGGUCUUUGCGGUCAGCUCAGAAUGAUAUCUUAAGCCCGCCUCCAUACGUGGAAAAUUCGAAUGAAAGGGUAGAAGAAGAUUUCACCAUCACUUGCCUAUAUUGCCUUUGCUCUAAGACCCAUCCUGAUGACUGUGACAUCCCACCUGCCAAUCUUAAGGUCACCAAAACCCAAAAAAUUUACUCCUUUGCGGUUUCAAGAGGCCAAAACUCUCAUCGUUACAGAGCAAUCAUUCAAAUGACGUGCCCACUUGCUUGUCGCCUUGAAGUUGAAGCUGAAACAGCUUCCUAUGAUAUCAUCUAUCCACACAUCGUUUUUUUUUGCUUCAACGUGAAUAAGUUUAUUGGAAUUGAGAAAUGGGCUGCCAUGAUGACAAUGAGUCUCAAUACCAGGAAGCUAGACCAAGCAAAGAUCACCGCUGGGAAAUUUAUACAUGUUGGCUCCUUUGUCGAUUUGGGAACAUUGUAUCCGUUGUCUUUUGCAAACACUGCAAAACAAUGGCCUAUAUUCAAAAUCUAA